AAAUUUAGAAAAUCGAGAUGCAUCGAUAAUCGUUUUAUCGGUUUAGAAUCGAUAAUCGUUGACCUCUGAAUUGGAAUCGAAUCGAAUCGUGAGGUGCCAAGAGAUUCCCACCCCUAAUAACAGGUCCUCCUGUGUUUGUCUAUAUGCAUUUUAUAAGUAUAUAAUAAGUUAUAAUAAUAUAAUAAUAAUAACUCUUACUGACUAUUUUGUUUAUCUUAAAACCAGCAGAAUCAAAGACUAAUAAUAACUGUUGAUUAUGUGGAUAUGGAUAUAUUAUAUAUUAAUUAUUUGUUUAUUUUUCUACAGAUGCAUAUUUCUCUAAACAUGUUUACAUGCUGGAAAAGAGAAUAUUGUGACUCUGUAAACAACAAUGACAGAAUUCAUCAAUGACAUAGUAAACAAAAUCUUUAUUUUAUAAUUAGACUACUUCAAGUCUUUAGUCAGAGUAUUUAUUCAUGUUUAAUAAUGUCAUUAAAAUGUCUUCUAUUUUUAAAAAGACUGUAAAUUGUGUUUUUAUAUCUUAAUAUCAUUAUUUUAUAUCUUAAUAUAUCAUUUACCAUUAAAAUGAAUAUGUAUCAUAAACAGAACAUUGUUGUCCUUCUGUUAUCUCUUCAUUUAUAUUUGUAUUAUUUGUAUCUUUAUUUACCUCUUCAUCAUCUCUAUCCAUAUGCUUUUCUUUAGCUGACAAGAAAGAGAAUAAGAAGGAGAAGAAGAAUGAGGAGGUUAUACUUGGACUACAUAACUUAUUUUAACGCUUUUAGAAAUAAACAUGAUCAAAUGUCUAAUCACACUAUUAAUAAUAAAUAGUGGAAUGAUGCUAAUAAUCGGGAUUCAACUAAUAACUGCUGUAGAGUUUGUUACGCGCUUUAAUGAUCCAUUAAAGUCCAGAGUUCCUCCCUGCGCAGAUCCAGGACCAGGUCUCGGCUCGUCUCUCUGAUCCUUCUCACUGUCCAAUUAGCGUUUGACCGUGACGUCAUCUCCUGAAUAUGAAUCCCCAGCUGGUCCAAUAAGGAUCCGUGCCGGACUGAGGUGGACCGGGACGGACCGGGACUUCGCAUCACUUGAUCCCGGUGGACAGCAGCCCCGGACUCCUCGCCGUGCUCCCGGACCGGGUUCUAGAAUGAGACCAGAUCGAUGAGGAGGUCAUGGAGACCCGGAGCUGUGGAGACCGACUCAUGUGCACCGUGACCCUGCUGCUGCUCUGCGCGUGCCCGCCGUGCUGCAGAGCCUCGUGGAUGAGGCUUGGACUGGGUCCCUCUGGGGGUCCGGAGGACCAGGAUUGUGCUGCCCCCCCCCUAAGCCCAGGCCAGGCAGCACUGUGCAGGGAGAAGCCCUUCCUGCUGCCCGGCGUGCGGCGUGGCGCCCGGCUCGCCAUCGCUGAGUGUCAGAGCCAGUUCAAAGACGAGAGGUGGAACUGCUCCACCCGCGAAGACGCCUCCGUGUUCGGGACCGAGUCAAACAGCGGAACUAAAGAAACUGCAUUCAUCCACGCCAUGAUGGCGGCGGGACUAGUCCACGGCGUCACGCGCUCCUGCAGUCAGGGAAACAUGACGGAGUGCGGCUGCGACACACGGCUGCAGGGAGGCGGCUCACCGGCCGAGGGGUGGCACUGGGGGGGCUGCUCAGACCACAUCCAGUAUGGGAUCUGGUUUAGCCGAAAGUUCAUUGACAGCAGCGUGAGAAACACUUCGGCGUCGGGGGGAUACACGCUGGUUGCCAUGAACCAGCACAACAGCGAGAGCGGACGCCAGGCGGUUGUCAGGACUAUGGCGACGCACUGCCGCUGCCACGGCGUCUCCGGCUCCUGUGGCGUGAAGACUUGCUGGAAGACAGUGGCGCCUCUGGAGCAGGUGGGCGUUUACCUGAAGGAGCGCUACGAGCGCAGCGUCCAGGUGUGGGACCGGUCCAGGAGGAAGACCAGGAGGAAGGAGCGCCGCCCCCCUGUCGAGCCGCACCAACUGAUCUUCGUCAACAAGUCUCCUAACUACUGCCUGGAGGACCGGCGGUGGGGCGUGGCCGGCACCAGAGGACGCCGCUGCAACCGAACGUCCACCGGCCCCGACAGCUGCGUCCUGCUGUGCUGCGGCCGAGGCUACAACACCCACCUGGUGAGACAUGUCCAACGCUGUGAGUGCAAGUUCGUCUGGUGCUGCUACGUCCACUGCAGACGCUGCGAGAGCAUGAACGACAUGCACACCUGUAAGUGAAGACCGGAAGGUACCUGGAGACAACUAACCUGGAGACAAUCCCAGAGAUAGGGACAUACACCUGGGCAUUGAGACAGAGACACACCUGGACACAUGGACCUCUGGUCCAAAGCGUCCAUCUUCCUGAGUUGAGAUGUUUCCUCACGUUAUGAAGACAAUUUUCUUUAAUUGAUUUCCAUAAAUCUAACUGUUUUCUCAUGUCAUUCUGUAGCCAACAGGAAGUCACUGUUGCUAUGGUUACCUCGAAACCGCCAAUGGGAUUCUUCCCUCGGAUUGGAGGUAGAAUAAUCUACGUAAUCACACAAUGAAAAUGGGAUGUUUUUACCUUUAAAGGAGAAUCAGACAGAAUGUUUACCAGACGCCAGAAUGCUCAAAUGAAUGAAACCUUUCAACUUCCAAAAUAAUUCUCAUUUUAGUCAACAGACAAAAUGAUCAACUAUAAUAAGUGACUAAUUAAAUGUUCUUUCGUGUUUGUUCAAUUGUGAUGAUCUGACUGAGUUUAAGGGCUAAACUAAACUAGAUAUUAUUAAUAAAACAAAUAAAACUCUAUUUCUCAAAUAAAUAUGAAAAAUCUAAA